AUGAGCUUACCCGAAGGACUUCAAGAUGUAGCGGAUACUUUAAUGCCUAAAUUUGGUGGUUGUAUAUUUGUUCUUUUUUUAUUUUGUAUGGGUUGCAGUAUUGUUUUGCUUAGCGACACUUCAUCUUCUGGAAAACAAACAAUUAUUGGUAUUGACUGGACUCGAAGUAAACCUUUACUUGGAUUAGCUGCUCUUUUGUGUCCAUUACUUGCUACUUUAAGCGCUUUUGGUUUAUUACUUUGGUUUGGUUGUUUAUACAAUGCUAUUGUUAAUGUUAGCCCUUUUAUUUGUCUAAGUAUUGGAAUUGAUGACGCUUUUUUAAUGACGGCAGCUUGGCAUAGAACUUGUCCUGAACUGAAAACUUCGAAAAGACUGGCUGAGGCUUUAGCAGAAGCUGCUGUGGCUAUUUCUAUUACUUCUUUUACUGAUAUGUUAACUUUUGGCAUUGGCUGCUUCACAACAUUACCAGGAGUCCGUUUAUUUUGUAUGUACACAUUUGCUGGAAUUACUUUUACUUAUAUUUAUCAAAUUACCUAUUUUGCUGCUGCAAUGGCUUUUGCUGGAAAAAUGGAAGAAUUUGGGCAACAUUCAAUUUUCCCUUUUUGUAAAACUAUUGAAUUGGAUAAAGCUAAAACAAAUUUUGAAAAAUUAACAAUUGUUGGAUCUCCUCCACGUAGUGAAUGUGAAAAAGAAGAGAAACAAGUUGAUAAUAGUUGGCUGGUCGAAUUUAAAAAAUGUUGGAAUGAAGAGAAGAAAAUGGAGAAAAUUGAUACGAUGGAGGAAGAAAAGGAUUUAACAACAAAUACUAAUCCUACAACAAAACAAACUUUUGUCAAUCGCCUUUUCCGAGAAGUUUAUGGCCCUUUUCUACUUAACAAAAAAACAAAAUUGUAUAUAUUUUUGUGUUAUUCUCUAUAUUUAUUGUUUGCUUUAUUGGGUGUUUCACACAUGGAAGAAGGACUUCAUCCAAAAGAAUUGGUUAAAUCUUCUUUUUAUUUGACUGAUUUUUAUGUUUUAAUUGAUGAAACUUUUUGGAGGGAAGGUUUGGAAUUUUGCCUUCAAUUACAAGUUGUUGUCAACAAUCCUCCAAAUUUUGUCAAUUUUACUCAACGUCAAAGGCUCAAUCAAUUAGUGUCAUCAUUUGAGGAUACAGAAUUUACAAUGAAACACAAUGCUACAAUGUUUUGGUUAAACGCUUUUGAUGCUAAAAUAAAAGAGGAUUUGAUGGAGAGGAAUAUUUCCGAGCCGAAAACACUCUCAGAAUGGCAUCAACGCUGUCUUGAAUGGCUCUUAUCAGCUGGAGGUCGUCGUCUAUGGGAAUUGGAUAUGCACUGGAUUGAAGGAUUCCUAGUUGCAUUUAGAUUUCAAAUUGGAUUGAGAAAUUAUAGAACUCCUACAGAACAUACAAACGGAUGUCGUUUAAUGCGUUCAAUAGCUGACUCUUUUCCUGAAUUUAAUGUAACAACAUUUCAUGAAUAUUAUCCUUUUUCUGAUCAGUAUAUUGAACUCAAACCUGCUUUAUACCGCAAUUGUUUAAUAGCAGUUUUGUGUAUGGGUUUUAUUGCUUUAUUAAUGAUUCCAAGUUGGCCAGCAGCUUUUUUCAUUAUUGCAGCUAUUGUUUCUAUUGAUAUUGGUGUUAUUGGUUAUAUGUCUUUAUGGGGAGUGAAUCUUGAAAGCGUUUCAAUGAUUACAAUCAUAAUGUCCAUCGGUUUUUCUGUUGAUCUUUCUGCACACAUAACCUAUGCUUUUGUAAAGGCUCCAGAAGGAUUAUCGUCAAAUGAACGAGCUAUUGCAGCGCUGGAAACACUUGGUUGGCCUGUCUUUUUGGGUGCUUUCUCCACAGUUGUAGGAAUUAUGGUUUUAACACUAGUAGAUGCUGUGAUUAUUUUAAUCUUCUUCAAAACCGUUUUCCUUGUAAUUAUUUUUUCGCUGCUUCAUGGAAUUGUUUUUCUCCCAAUUUUACUAACUGUUGCAAUGCCUAAUGAAGGUUGUGGUUGUCAGAAUGGAGAGGAGAGGAAGUAA